GUACCCUUCUCGACGCGCAUGAGUCGGACCUGUAUCACUCGCUCGACUGAAACCAUCAAUACCUUCAUUUCGUGGCAGCUCUGACCCCAAACCGGUAGGCUACCACUUGCAGACUCAUUCAUUUAUACCCCUAGCAACAGUGGGCAGGCUCAGUUGAGAGCUUUCUCUUGGGCAGUGCGCUUCACGAGCUCGGGCGCCCCAGCCCUCGCUUGCGAUUGAUAUCUAUUAAGUCCAUUGGAACAACACUGGUUAUAGACAUCUACCAUUCUGCGGCAACGACGCUGCACCAGCGAGUGGCCUUCUUCUCAGCGGCGAGCAACAGCGCUUUAAAACCAGGGAACACGGCCAUUUGCAGCGCUGAUACACUCAUACAAGACCAACAUCACCUGUGCGGGAGGUCGCUCGAGCCGGGGCAGCGGUGCGCCGUUGGUCGACAUGACGCGUUCAGAGCAGCAGCUGUUGUCGGGCUAUGAGCAUCAAUAUCUGGACUCAAGAUGCUCCGAUACAAUUACGCAGGCACAGAUGAUACUUCUCCUGCCUGGCGCGUGGGCCUUGGGGGAAGGCCUGGAGAUUGAGAUGCCCUGUCCCGUGGCCCCUGCCCCCGCCUGGCCUAGCAACAGCUCGCCUCUCCCGCAACCCCAGCACUGCGCCUGCUGCCACGAGCAGCCGCACCCAUUCAGCAGCCACCACUUCCAGGACAGCCACGCCCACAGCAACCACCAGCACCAGAUGCAGAGCCUGCCGCCGUGCCCCGUCGGCGACCGCCGGCGCCGCAGCUGCCACACCGGCGCCGACCUUUGCCACGACGGCUGCGACGCCGCCGCCGCCGCCGCUCGCAAGUACGGCCAUCACCAUCACCACCACCACAGUUCGGCGUCACUGCCGCCGCUCCCGCCGUCCGGCAACACGCGGCGCCACUCGUACCACGGCCUGGACGCGCCGCCGUCCGGGAUGCUGCUGGGCUGCUCCCCCUUCCUCGCCACGACCGCCAGCGGCGGCCGUGCCGGCGCCGGAGGCGCCGGCCGGCCUCACGCCGCCUGCGGCGGCGGCGGCGGCGCCGCCUCCGCGCCUGUUGAGCCUCUGAGCUCCGGUCUUAUGCGCCUGGCAUCCUCCUUCACCAACAGCGUCACGGGUUACCUGACCGACUUGGUGGCGUGGACCACCGCCGAGCACCCCGUGCCCAUGAGCCCACUGGCGGCGCCCAGGUGGCACGAGCCCGCCGCCGCCGCCGCCGCUGCAGCGGCGGCUGCCGGGAUGCGUGAGGGCGAGGCGGGGGCGCUCGGGGCCGAGCGUCAGCAGCACCACCACCAGCACCCGCACCGCCACGGCCACACUCGCGGCUACGCCCCCGGAGGCGCUGCGGCUUUCCAGCCGCGUGUGCGCUGCUGCACUGGCACCGGCAGCCCCUUGCUUUUGCCCAUCCCGUCGGCGGCGGCGGAGGCGGCGGCGGAGGAGGCAGAGGCGGCGGAGGCCAUGCGGGUCGACUUCGCAGCAGGCGGCGGCGGCGCGAGCAGCAGGGGCUUUGAGCGGCACGAGGCGGCGUGUUGCUGGGCGGCGGGUGACGACGUGUGUGACCAGUCGGGUGGCGCUGCUGCCGGCGCCGCCGCCGGGUCCUGCAGCCCGCGCGGCAGCGGCUCUGUGCCGCGCAGCAGGCCUGGCGCGGCGUCGGCCGGCGGCCGGUCGGCCGGCGUGGUGGCUGGCACGGUCCUGGCGGCCGGGGGCGAGCUUUGCAGCAAGAAGGACGCUUGAGCAAUCUGGCUGACGCGGAUUCGUGGACCUUAAAGGAAGCGAUGCUCCCGAUGCGGAGGGCGGGACAUCAUACAACCAACAACGAACGAGAUUACACAUAACCUUAACCCCCUAAUCAGCGGCCCGAAUUGCAGAGCAGUACGUUUUGAGCUGGCGCUGCGACGAUGUGUGACAUGGCUCAAACUCCGACUGUAUGAACAUGGCAUUCGGGCCGCUGAUUACUGCAGACGUUAGAUUGUUACUUCGGGUCCUGCCACGUACGCCGCCGUUACUAGACGGCGUAGUGGUCUGAUUACUGCCGGCGGCUUCCGCCGGGCUUGUGCUGAGGGCUCUCUCAAUGCGAGGUGGUUAUAUGCGUGCAAGAGCUUGUGAACCGAUUGAGGUGCCGGUAUGCAGGCACUUGGUGGGAGCGAUUUGGUGAGCGUGUGCGGCCGUCGCUUGCAAGUGAACGGUGGUCAUGGCGAUAUGCAUGACGCCUGAAGGGCCAACGUGCGAGGACCAAUAAAAACACUAGUAGCUGUGUAGCUAUGCAGAUCCACGCAGCGGUUGUGCAACCAGGUAUGUGUGCAGGCCGCUGGCAGAAGCUUGCUUUGCUGCGAGCUGCUGGCGACAGCAGCUGAACAAGUGGCCACAGUGCCGCAAGCAGACGCUUGAUGCGCGCUUGCAGGAAACUGAAUCCCGCCUAAUCCCGCCAGUCGUCGACAGAUGGGUUGGAGUGGGUUUGAAUCUUGGAUAGUUGCGUAGGUACGGCAGUCAAAGUACAACUCUGGAGACAGCAAGGGUAUUGUGCAUACUCUUGAUGGUUGUGUUAAUUGUGCUGAGGGCGAAGGCGCGCAGCGCCAGUUUUUGUGUGUGUGCGCUGUACUUUGCAAAGGGUUGCCCAAGGAUAGCACGCUCAUGAGACGGGCAUACCAAGCGCUGCUGAAUGUGGGAAGUCGGGUAGCCACGGCGUGUCUACGAUGCACGACUGGCGCUGGCUAGGUGCUAGGCUUGGCGUGAGACAGUGAUCAAACUACACACACUGAUUUGUCAUUCCUUAUAUUGUUAACGCCCACGCGCGCAUGCUAUGUGCUGUGUCGGCCUAGCGAGUGGGUGCACAUGGGGUAUGGUGGUGGCGAAGCGAGACGCGUACGGCGGGUGGUGAUUCCAUGAAUAUGGGAUCCGCACCUGACUGUAUGCGUCAGCCACAGUUUGGGCUGGCGGCGCGGUUAGUUGACCAUUCUUUGGGGGUGGGAGCCCGGAGCCCCACGUGCGUACGAGAGGCGCAUGUGUGGCACGGGCAGUUUUGUGUUUCCAAUAGUUGCAUGUGGUCCGAGCUUCCACUUUACAGGGCUGCGGGACGAACAAAGACCACCGAUGUUGUGGGAUAAAGCGGCGAUAAUGCAAACGCUUUCAUUUAAAUCAAUUCUGGGGUGCUUUAGAGCGAAAGUCUCUGCUGCCUGUAGCAACAUAACCAUGUCCAGUCUUACUCGUAUCUUUUUGCCCUUGCGGGGAUCGGCUCAUCUUUUAGGUGGUGGAGUGCCGUGUUGGUGGUGGCACGGGCACACAUUCUUGGCGGCUUGAGGGCGGAUGUUUAAUGGGCCUGCGGAGGGGAAUCUCUUCUGUCCUCUCAAUCUUCCUUUAUAACCUUCCUAGCACGAGAUGUACGGUUGCGGGCAUGGAGCUGGCGCCACGGUGGCGGCGGUGCAAACGGCGGCGGCAGUGCUGCUUGUGGUGUCGGUAUGGCGCUGUUUAGCUGUUACCGAGGGACGACACACGAAAGGCGCCGUCUGCCAAACCGGAAUAGGGCGGGACAGGCGAGAGUGCGAGUUGGCUGGGACGCCUGGGAAUAAGGUGGUUGCGUGAGGGCGGGCUGCCGGCGGGGUGCGUCGGGCCGGCCUGCCGCCGUGCCGCGCCGCGGUUGAGUUAUGACUUGCAUGAGUCGGUGGCGGGGUGCGAUUGCAUGGGGCCUCGAAACCAGAUCUGCAAUUCUGCAUAUCCGUUGCGAUGAUGUAACACACACACGCA